ACUGACACACGGCAGUUGAAUUUGAACCGCCGUGGUAUAUAGACCUGAAACUAUUUUGCUCGCGUUGCGCUAGUGGGAGGUAUAGCAAAGCAGCCAUUAGUCAGUCAUCAUCAACGGUGGUGUGAGGUGAUCCCGGAUUGUUCUUUGCCUCUGUGUGUGAAAAUAGUAGAAAAAUAAUAAAGUGGGAAAAUCGAGGCAGUUUUGUGCAUAGAGCAGCCGCUAGCUAGUCAGCAAAGAAAGAAGAAAAACUAGUGUAGUUUUCAUUUAUCGUUCUGUGACAGCUCACAGAACAAAAAGUACAAACGCGCAGCAGCAGUUCGAAAUCCGGAGGAAGCGGAAGGCUGGUCAUCUUUUUCGAACCGGAAAAGCAACAAAUUAGAUAAAACAAAAAUGGCCGAUCAACUUACAGAGGAACAAAUUGCCGAAUUCAAAGAAGCGUUCUCGCUAUUCGACAAGGACGGUGACGGCACAAUCACAACCAAGGAAUUGGGAACCGUGAUGCGAUCGUUAGGUCAGAACCCCACAGAAGCCGAACUUCAAGACAUGAUAAACGAAGUCGACGCAGACGGUAACGGUACGAUCGAUUUCCCCGAGUUUCUCACCAUGAUGGCUCGCAAAAUGAAGGACACCGACAGCGAAGAGGAAAUCCGGGAGGCGUUCCGAGUCUUCGACAAAGACGGCAACGGUUUCAUCUCGGCAGCUGAGCUGCGUCAUGUCAUGACCAAUCUCGGCGAAAAGCUAACGGACGAGGAAGUGGAUGAGAUGAUCCGUGAGGCUGAUAUAGAUGGCGAUGGUCAAGUUAAUUAUGAAGAAUUCGUAACAAUGAUGACAUCGAAGUGAGCUACAGGUCGAAAAAUUGCGCCUUUCUAUUAUUUGUUUAUACAGAAGACUGUAGCCACGCGCAACACCAGCUGCGCAACGCUAUUGAUAUGGAUUUAAAAAAAAAAACAAGAGAAAAAAAAUAAAAGUAAAGAUUAACAUUAAAUUAAAUUAAACGAGAAAAAACAAGAGAGAAAAAAAGGACAAAAAUAAUGCAAAAAAGUAAGGAAAAAAUAACCUAAAUUAAUUGUAACAACACAAUUUUAAAUAAGAAAAAUAAAAGAAGAAAGAAAAAAUACAUUAAUUAAAGUUAAUCACUAUCCUUAAUCUAUUUGUGUAAAUUUUUGUAAAAAUACAAUAUAAAUAUAAAUUUAAAAGAACGAGAGAAGGCAGGGAAAGGCAAACAUUUAGGCUCUAUGGCGUGAGAACAGAGGACAGAGUGUUGACAGGCGCAUGGAGGCGAACUCGCGAGCGAUGUGAGAUGGGUUAGUUGAAAGUAUGAUGAAUAUCAUUCGGGAAUUCAUUCAGCAGAAAUUGCGAGCGCCGUGUGGCAAGCAAACACAACCACCAAACCUGGCCACCGCGCUCAGAUUGUGCGUUUCCAAUGCGUCGAAAAAACGCUGCCGCCAAGGGUUUUUGUUACAUGAAUGCGUUUGUGCCGAUCCCCAUCUCCCCAUCCCCUUAUAGACAACAAUUCCAUCGGCGGUGUCGAACGAAAAAAAAAACUUUUUCCAGAUUGUGAACCGGGAGCGAUAAAACAGAUAAAAACACAAAUUUCGAGACCUUCCGUUUCUUUUGUGUUUGUUUGAAGCGAACUAAGUAAUCGAUAGAGCAUGAAGGGAUAGUAUCUUUUUCAUUAGAUGGAAGAUAUGAUAUAGGUUUUGAGAGACAAGAUAAGAAACAUUUUCCACUUUUUAUUGCAAUAAUUGAAGUUGAAUCGUUUGGUGAAAAAAUUGUAAGAGAAGCAAAAAUUUAGUUUGGCAUGCGCAGUUUUCAAUAGACAGAACAGUUGUUUUGAGAAUAAAACAUAAACACAUGCAACAUUGAUUUGUAUUGUUAUACUCAAACAAAGGAUGUGCAUUGCUAUUUAUUAAAAUUAUAAUUCAUAGUCAUUCGAUCCAAGAAAAACCAACAAAAUAAAAUGUGUUUUCUUUUUUUUUGUAUCGCGGGGUCGGUAGUCUUGGCGCUUAUAGAUAUGUCAGGUUGACACUUCCAACAGCGAGUGAAUCUGGAGGAAGUGCCUCAUGUUGUUCGAUUAUGGAACACGGUUCGAUACUUCGUUUUCGAUGCGACCGGAACCCUUGGCUUUUUUUAUUAGAAACACCCCUCUCCCUAGCGUUGGUACGUGAUGGCAAUUUGGUUGGAGGAGCGGGUGUAAAGAGCGAAUUCACUUGUUGAACUUUUGGAAAUUUUUGGUCUUCGGAGCGAACUAAUGGUAAGAACAGACUAAACAAAGCAGCUUGGGUCAGAAAGAACCAGACAGAAAGAGCGAUAGAGGAAACACAGUGAAACAAAGAAAAAUUUACACAGUACAGUAAUCGAAUGACACUAAGAGCAAAACAAAGCAGUAUAUACAAUUUGAAAAUCUCAAAUCCCGGAUACAACAACAAAUUCACUUUUUUUGCAGCAUUUACUUCUAACGGUGAAAAAAGAACAUUUAAACAUUAAGUGUACCUAGAUGAGAGUAAAAUUAAUAAUGGAAAAAAAGUAAACAUAUUAAAGUAUAAAGUAACAAAAAUCCAUCUAUUAUGUGUAAUUUUUGUCUUUGAUUUUAUCCAUACACAGAAAGAGUAAUCUUCGAUGCAAAACACACAUCCUAAAACACACCCACAUUUUGAGAGAAAACGAGGAAUUCGUUAGUAACACAAAAACAAAAAGAUACAGAUUUUUUGAAAAUUGAUGCAAAAAUGCGUAAAUUUACUGUACCGUACUACAUUUGUUCACGCAUUUUUCAUCUUUUCCGUGCACGUUCUUGCCUUCUCGUUUUAAAUGUUGGCAAAGGCGAUGCAUUAAAUCAAUUGAAAACAGCGCUGGCAAUCCUCAUUCGUCGUUGAUAAAAUAUUGUCUAAUAUAAAUGCUAGCUCAUAUAUACACACACGCUGAGAGAAAUGCAAAACCAACACAUAUAUGUACACUGUGCAAUGAGCAAUCUUUCACCAAAUUGCACACACACGUAGAAAAGAACACACGCGAAACGGUGUGACUUUUUCCGUAUCCCUGGUUCAUUUUGUUAUUUUUUCGCAUUCAUUUUGCUAUUGAUUAUAAAAGUUAGAAGUACGUAUGAAAAAGUAAUGCGAUAAAAUAUAAAUUUUCUAUUGAAGAAUCUUUUUGUAAAAGUGAACAAGCAUAUUAUGAUGGAAUGAAGAAAAACUACCUAAGUAAAACAAAACAAAAAAAUAUAACAACAAAACAACCAUUUAUGAAUUAACGAAAAAGGUAUAUAUGUAUAAAACAAAUAAAGCAAAGCAUUGGAGAAAACGAGAAACAAACUUACAUCUGUUUAAACUAGUUUUUCUUUCUGUGACUCGAAGCUUAUAAAUGGGUUAGCAAAGAAUAGCAAGAAUCGAAAUGAGUAACGAGACAUCAAAUACUAACAUAAUUUUGGAAAAUACGUAGUUAGCUAUGAGUGGACAUGGCGCUAUGAUAUGGUACGCGUUUGACACAUGAGAGUGGUUUGUUAUUCUGAUUGUCACUACCUGCUACCUGUGGGGUUCCUAACUCAGUAGCUUUUUCGUUCCACAGUAAGAGCGUGAUUUACGACAGCUCUACUCUUCCUCACGAACUGUCAAAACAAACGUAACGCAUAACAGUGAGGGUGCUGAUUAACAGCUGAACAACAAACCAACUGAUUCCGUUAGCAAAUCAAGCAACGCAAGCAACGAAUUUCGUGUGACAUUUCCAUCACCCCGCGGUUGGACUACCCUAAAGGUUAAGGCCCAUUCGAAACUGUCAUCUUUCACUGGUGUGUUCACUGUCCCUAUGUGAGUUCGAAGGCUAAAGACAAAAAAAAAAUCAGCAAACAAUCAGCACCCUCGAUAGAACAAAGUUUUCUCCCACCAAAAUCGUAUUGUUUUCGUCAAAGUAAAUGAUAUCGGAAACAAACGAAGCAGCUACCAUCCAAUUGAUAAGCAAGUUUAUAAAAAGUAGGACUAUAACAGUCGGGCGCCAUUUUAUAGGUUAUAACCUUUCCUUUCGUGUGUUUUACGUCAGCGAGAUAGCAAAGAACAAAACAUCCUUCUUCAAAUUCCAAACUCUCUUUAACCUAUAAACUGAAAACGCGUUUAAAAACUGUUAUUACCUUACAAAACACACUUUGAAAGAAUCAGAUACAUUUAAGGAACGAGGUUAAUCAUCUAGUGAAAAAAAAACAAACAAAAUCCUUCGUAUAACAAAAGGUAUAGAAAACCAACAUCUAGCUAAAGUAAACAUAAAAUUUGAAGAAAAUUUAUAGCAUCGAUAAGUUUAAGUCAAGAAUAACAUCAGAAACAAAAGAACUCUUCCACCUAUUUUGUCGUUUUUCGUAACUCAGACCAACGGGAAAAGAAAUCUUCAGUGUCCUUAACGCAAGAAACGAUCUACUUACUCAUCACCAAAAGUUUAUCUGGUACAUAAAAAUAAAAGCAACUAUUAGUGAAAAAACGCAAGCAACGGGAUAUUCGUAACAUACAUGGUCUCCUAACUUGUUAUAAUAUUUUGUUUGGUCUGACGUGUGUUGAAUAAUUUGUUCCAACUUUCCUCGUUUCACAUAAAUUUAGGAAGAGAGAUUCGAUGUCGUCAGCGCGAACGAGUAGCAUAUAUUAGUAGAGGAAAUUGAACUAAAACCCCACGCAUAAAGCCACAACUUCUUAGAUGACAAACAAAUCUUGUAGGAAAACAAUUCUGCGAAUGAGAAAGUUUAUUUUUUGUAAUUGAUUAUUAAAAAAAAUCUCUACUACUGGUUAAAAACAACUUCAAUUUCCAGAAAAUAAAAAAAGCAAAAUCUAGUAUGAACCGGGAACGCCAACAUGCUAUAACAUAUUCUAUACUUUUCGAUUUCCGGAACAAUUUUCUUUCUCCGUUUUUGAGUAUUCGUGCGCUAUACCAUCCCGAAGUUUUACCGAAGCAAAUAUACUAAAAUUAAUAGAAGCAAGCUAUCAAGUGACAACAUCAAUAGCAAAGGAUAAAAUAUCAGACAAUUACAAUUGAAACCCUACAGCAAAAGUAGCUACGGCCACGGGUUGCCUGCAAGUGCGAGACAAAACUAGAGCAACAGCGGCAACGUAAUGAUACCGAAACCAGAAAGAACUACACAAACACAAACAAACGACAACAUCAAUUGAGCAACACAAAAAAAAUAAAAAGAGAAGGAAACAAAAACAUGAAAUAAGGCAAACAACAAGAGUAAUUAAAAGACAUAAUAUGAAAUAAAUGUUUCUUCACUUUUAGGUUGAACUAUAAAACAA